CCUGGUGUCGUUAUAAAACACUACAUCUAUCCACCUUUUUUACCCUGUUUUUGUUUUUUGUGGCAAUGGGUGGAUGUUUGUUUCUCUGUCUGGUGUUAUUAUCGGGCUCCUUACAGGGUGAGUUAGUUGUUUCUGCUGGAAGUGGUAUCAGAAGUUGCACCCGGGACUCUAAACUGUGCAGAGAUGGUUCAGAGUGUGUGCUCUACAGCUAUCUGUGUGAUGGAGAGCUGGACUGUACGGAUGGUUCAGAUGAAGAGGAUUGUGAAACAUCAUGCAGCAAAGAUCAGUUCCAGUGUGCCCAUGGGAAGAUGUGCAUCGAGAAGAGCCAGGUGUGUGACGGUGUGCCUCAGUGUCAGGACCGCUCUGAUGAGCUUCAGUGUGUGACGCUAAUGAGGGGCUGUGUUCAUCACUGUGACAACAAGACCCGCUGCCUGCCUGCAAACUUCCUGUGUGAUGGCGAGGAGGACUGUUCAGAUGGCACAGAUGAAGCCACUUGUGAAGACAAAAAGGAGGAAGAGACCAUUACAACCUCUGUGCCGUCAGUCUUGGUUGGCCCUUCUAAACAGUCCACCUCUUCUCACCCCAUUAAGUGUUCUUUGGGCUUCAUACCAUGCAGUGACAACUCGGAGUGUAUCCAGAACCGCUAUUUCUGUGAUGGUGAAGCAGACUGCAGAGAUGGUUCAGAUGAGGCCAAAUGCUCAUCGUCUUGUGAAAAGGACCAGUUCCAGUGUGCCCAUGGAAGGAUGUGCAUUGAGAAGAGCCAGGUGUGUGAUGGUGUGCCUCACUGUCAGGACCGCUCGGAUGAAGUGGAAUGCACAAAGUACAUGGAGGGCUGUUCUCAUCAAUGCGACAACAAAAGCCGCUGCAUUCCCAGUAGCUUCCUCUGUGAUGGGGAAAGUGACUGCUCUGAUGGCAGUGAUGAGGCCAAGUGUGACAAGGAGGACUGCAGUGACAAAGAGUUCAAGUGUACCAGUGGCCAGUGUGUGUUGGCCCCAAUGCGUUGCGACGGUCACCCAGACUGCCGGGACCGUUCGGAUGAGGAAGACUGCACCAAAGUGCCAGCCUGCAACACCAAACUUCGCUGUCCCCAGAGCAAGGAGUGUCUAGUGCAGGAGUGGAUCUGUGAUGGAGACCAGGACUGCAGAGAUGGCACUGAUGAGAAGGAUUGUCCUCCUGUGGCUCCAGUGAACUGUGGAGAGUUCCAGUGGUUGUGCAAAUCAAAGACCAAGUGCAUCCCUACAGCCUGGAUGUGCGAUGGCAUGAAGGACUGCAAUGAUGGCAGUGACGAGACUGAAUGUCAGGCUGUAACAUGUGCCCCUCACCAGUUCCAGUGUGGCAGUCAGGAGUGCCUGGAUCCAAACCUGGUGUGCAACGGCAUUACAAACUGUGCAGAUGGCUCAGAUGAGGGAGGAAGCUGCCAUACAGACUGUGCAGAGGAAGAUAACAUGCACUGCUCCCAGGGCUGCUACAACACACCUCAGGGACCGCGCUGUCGCUGUGCAGCAGGUUUCAGGCUCAUGGAGGAUGGGCUGGCCUGUGCUGAUGUUGAUGAGUGUAAAGUUCAGACUCCAGGUGUGUGCAGUCAGCUAUGCAUCAACACUCCAGGCUCGUACAGAUGUGACUGUCAGCCGGGCUUUAUAAUGGAAGCAGAUGGACACCACUGCAAAAUCACUGGUGAGCCCCUCCUGUUGUCCUCAAUCCAAACAGAUAUCUACUUGUAUGGCUUGCGUAGUCACAGCUUGGUUACGUUGCCCUCUUCUGCAAAGAAGGCAGUCUUGUCUCUAGACUAUGACUGGAAAGGGCAGAAGGUCUUCUGGGUCAGUCUGGGGAUGGAUGCUAUAAUGUGGUCUUCUCUAGAUCAGAAGAUGACAGGAAGUCUGAUUAAAGGGGUUCGGGCUGAUUCUAUAGCUGUGGACUGGGUCGGGAGGAAUCUGUACUGGAUCAAUGGGGUGAAGAGUUGUAUUGCUGCCAUCAGAUUGGCAGCAGCCUCUGCAAGCUCACUGGACCAAAGCAUCAUCUUGGAUGAAGACUUGGAUCAGCCCCGCUCUCUUGCCCUGCUACCACAAAAAGGGCUGAUGUUCUGGACAGAGAUUGGUAAUGUAGUGAAGAUUGAGCGUGCUGGGAUGGAUGGGUCAGAGAGGAGGGCAGUGGUGAACUCGAGUUUGGGCUGGCCGGGUGGUGUGGCUGUAGAUGCCGUCUCUGAGAGGGUCUACUGGACAGAUGAAAGACUGAGGGCGAUUGGAUCUGCAACUCUGGAUGGCAACGACAUUAGGAUUCUACAGAUAAAGGAGACCACAAACCCCUUUUCUGUGGCAGUGUUCAAUGACAUGCUCUACUGGUCUGAUGCCAAGAAACGAGUGGUGCAGGCUGCUCAUAAAAUCUCUGGUAAAAACCAUCAAGUUGUGCUGAAAAAGCCCAGACAGCCUUUUGCUGUGAAGAUCUACUUGCAGUCCCAACACACAGCAGCCGAGCUGAAGGGCUGGCCCGAGCAUCUGGCCCUGCAGAUACCGAGCGUGAACAAAGCCAAUCUCAUGGACUACAGCCUCAAGGAACACACUCUAUUUGUGACAGAUGAUGCCACUUCUUCACUCAGCUCAUUCAGGCUGAAGGACUCACUCCUGACGUCUCGGGACCAGCUUCUUGAGCUGCUGGAUGACGCCAUCACUGCCAUGGCAGUCGACUGGAUAACACUCAACAUUUACUGGAGCAGUUACAAACAGCCCCGCCUGCAGGUCACUGCUGUCACAGGCACAUACACAGCCAUUCUCAUAAAGGAGGGGAUCAAUAGAGUGGGUUCGAUUGCUCUUCACCCGCCCAGUGGAAGAGUUUGUUUCACGAAUAUGGAUCUGGAGGCUACAGGCAGCACGGCUACAAUAGUGUGCGCCAGCAUGGAUGGUGGUGAGCAAAGAGUGGUGUGGAAGGAUGCUGUCCAACCAACAUCGUUGGUCUUCUCUAAUAAUGGGGAUAACAUUUUCUGGGCUGACACGAGUUUGGGGACCAUUGGCUCUGUCCUGAUUGAUGGAUCUGGAUAUACAGAGCUGAAGGUUGAUGAUGGCCUGACUGCUGUGGCUGUAAGUGACAACAUCCUCCUCUGGAUUACAGUCACUGACAAGACCCGACUCUGGUACAAAGAAGCUCAGCAGGAUAAGAAAUUAUGGUUUGAGGUUGGCACACAAGUGGUCGGCUUAAAGGCAUUCAGCAAACCCAGUCAGAUGGGCUCUAACCCGUGCACAGAAAACAAUGGGAACUGUGAGCACUUGUGCCUCGCCACCCCAGCAGGUCGCACAUGCAAGUGCUCUUAUGACCACAUCCUUCUGAAUGCCACACAGUGCAGCCCAGAGCAACACUGCCCAGCUGGCAGCAGGCCCUGCCUCGAUCACCUCUCAUGCCUGCCUGUGGAGAAGUUUUGCGAUGGACGUGGAGACUGCACGGACCAUUCCGAUGAGAACUGUGUUGGCACCCAGCGGCGCCCAGGAGCUGAGGUCUUGGCUCCCACUCAACCUCACAGCUCUCCUCCUCCUCCUUCCAGUGUCUCUCCUGUCUCACAAGUCACAGGUCUGCACACAACACUGAAUGUCAGCAUUCAGCGUGUGAACCUGGAUGCCCAGCAGUGCAGCCAGAGGCGCUGCAGUGGUAACGGACACUGUGUAGAGACGAAGGGAGUUACUACAUGUGUGUGUUCACUGGGCUACAGCGGCGAUUCCUGUGAAAACCGGCUCGUAAAAACCAUGCAAGGUCCCAUUGUCUACGCUGCCGUGGGUCUCUGUGCAGCAGUUGUGAUUGUCAUUGUUGCAAUAGUGCUGGUGAAGAGGAAGAAGAGUGCCAACUUAAGGGGAAAUGGACCAUCAGCAGGCAAGGAGAUGAGCAUGACUGACUUGGAGAGCAAAGCGGAGACCAUUCCCACAUCCCAUACUGCCUCAGCAGAAAAGCCAGAGGUGGACCUCCCUUAAACCAGCAGCUUCCCGUUUUGUUUUGUCGCUUUGUUGGAAGCCGUAUCCUCUGUGGAAUC